AUUUCAUCUGGAUUGCAUUGGUUCUGCAUUCAAUAUAAAAGGAGAAAUGCAAUGCCCCAAUUGUCGGGAAAUUGAGAAUGGCCGAUGGCUUUUUGCGAGUGACUGGGCCCAUGAUGAGGAUCUUUAUGAUCUAAGCGACUCUUGGAUGUCUUUUGGAGUUCACCGGCGUCCAUUCAGUGGAUUACCAAGACGUCCCUUAUCUGUCAAUUCUGCUGCUAGAGCUGGGAGCUCAAUACCAUCUUCAAUGAUACCUCCUUACCCUGGCAGUGUGGCUCGGGCCCGUGAUCGCGUCCAGGCUCUCCAGGCAUACUUUCAGCAACCCACCAAUUCACCACCCGUACGCAUGCCCAUCAUGUCUGGCACGCGGAGAUCUAGCAGUCAUAGGGGCGUGACUCAAGUUGGACCAGUGGCCUCAUCAUCUGAUCAGACUGGUGGCUUCUACUUCUUCCCGCCAGCUUCGUCUGGUCGAAAUUUCCCAGAAGCAGAAAAUCAUCCAAUGUCAAAUCGCUUCCAUGCGUGGGAAAGAGAGCACGUGACUUCAUUCCCGUUGAGCCAAGGCGACAGAGAUCUGGUUUGGGGCCCAUUUCAUCAGGCGGGUGGUGGGUCAGAUACUGCCAUCAGAUCCACCAGCUUUCGCCAGAGAUUCCAAGACGCUGAGGAUGACUGCACGGAGGCCUUAAAUUUAGAUGAUCGUGAAAUCAAAGCCUAUUCACGUCGAUCAACAGCUAGAAAAGAACCUGGAAAACUUAAAGAAUCAAUUGAGGAUGCUGAGUUUGCCCUGAGGCUGGAGCCUCACAACCAGGAGAUCAAAAAGCAGUACGCUGAAACCAAAUCUUUGCAUGACAAGGUAAAAACUUCACCACUCCCAGACGAGAUACUGAAUAAGGCAUCUGGAGCAUUGAGAAGUUCUGUGCAGAAAGUGGGAAAGUCAAAGGCGGAAGUGAACGGACAUGUUGGGGCUGUACAAUCUGUAUCAAGAAGUUCACCGAAAAUGGUAACGGCUGCAAUUCAAGAAGAUCAUAACAAGGACAGUGAUGGACAAGUUCCUGCAAAGACAUCUAUGUUUAUCGAGGAAAUAGAAAACAGAAGUAUGAGAAGUAAAGGACAAGAAGCAAAUGCCUCUUGUGAAGAUGGUGUGCAGAGUUCUGGUUUGGAGAGCUCUAAGGACAGUGAUGGACAAGUUCCUGCAAAGACAUCUAUGUUUAUCGAGGAAAUAGAAAACAGAAGUAUGAGAAGUAAAGGACAAGAAGCAAAUGCCUCUUGUGAAGAUGGUGUGCAGAGUUCUGGUUUGGAGAGCUCUAAGAAAAAUCACAAAAAGCAAGAGCUCAAAGCAUCAGUGCAGGAGCUUGCUGCUCGAGCAGCUUCUCGUGCCAUGGCUGAAGCUGCCAAAAACAUCACCCCACCAAAUUCAGCUUAUCAGUUUGAGGUUUCUUGGCGAGGACUUGCUGGUGAUCAUACUCUACAAGCUCGUUUGUUGAAGGUGACAUCACCAGUUGCAUUACCACAGAUUUUUAAAAAUGCCAUGUCUGCUCCAAUGCUAGUUGACAUUAUUAGGUGUAUUGCCACCCUUUUCACGGAAGAAAUGGAUCUGGCUGUCAAAUAUUUAGAAAACUUAGCCAAGGUGUCUAGAUUUGACACGAUCAUGAUGUGUCUUUCAUCUACAGAUAGAGCUGAUCUCCACAGGAUAUGGGAUGAUGUAUUUUGCAACAAUGCAACUCCAAUGGAGUAUGCGGAGAGGCUUGAUAAACUGCGCUCCAGGUACUGCCGCAAACAAUGAUGUUAUUGGAUACGGGAUUUUGGUAAAAAGAUGUCACAAUCAAUCUGAGUGUUUUGUCUAAUCUGUAUUUCAUUGUAUAUCGGUUAAACAAGAAAUCCUGACACUGCUCUACCAGUUUUGGUCGCUGAACUUUUGAGUGGGACAGCUUUAAACUGUUUGUUGGGAUGUUACAGAAGAUCCUAGUUUGUUUAUUAUAUUUAACUCAUGCAUUUGAUUGUGCUCAAACAAAUAUACCUAUGUGGGAUGUUUAUGGUGGAUUCAUUUGGAGGGAAAAAAGGGAAAAUAAUGUGGUUUGCUUGAGCUUGAUGUAACUGUUUGAUCUCUAGAGGUGCAGCAAUGGUGGUGUUACUCUUUA